AUGGGGAUACCAAAGCUAACUUCCUACAUCAAGGAGACAAAUCGUAUUGUGCAAACAAAUAUCAGGAAUAUGUCAAGUAUUGUCAUUGAUGGCUAUGCUUUGUGCUAUAAGCUUUAUCUUGGAGUUAAAAGUGGAGAUUACUGUCAAUUUUAUAAAAAGGUUACCGCUUAUCUUUCAGACUUGAAUCGUGAAAUAAAAGUGUAUGUUGUUAUAGAUGGUGUUGACUGUGAAAAUAGAAAGUUGGAAACCAGCAGACGUAGAGAUGGACAACGUCUUCAGAGAUUGUGGCAGAUUGAUUCUCGAGUCGAUGAGCUUUCACCUUUUGAGAUUGUUAUCUCUUUCAUGGCCAAGACCGUGUUUAUAGAUGCUGUUUGUGAUUCCUCAGUGAAAUACUUUGUCGCUGAUGGUGAAGCAGAUCAGGACGUUGUCCGUCUUGCAAAUCAUCUUUGUUGCCCUGUAUUUGGCUUUGAUUCCGACUACUUGAUUUUCAACAUUGAAGGUGGGUACAUUCCCAUUGAUGAUGGUAGAGGUGGAGUAACGAAUCUGCAUGGAGUAGUGCCUUGCUUUACUUAUCAUUCAUUUGAUUCUGCCUACAACCUCAGUUCUGAUGCUCGUCUUCUGAUACCCUAUUGUGUUGGAAAUGAUUUUCAUGGUUCCAACGCUCUCCCUGAAUUACAGAUUGAAAAAUAUGCUUCGGUGGGAACUGUUGUCUCGAAACUUAAAGGUAGAGUGAAGUUUGAUGAUUUCCAGAACACAGUUGCAGAAGAUUACAAGUUUUAUCGUGUAGACCCUCACUCGUUUGAAGAAUUAUCUCAGUCUAGGUUUUUAAGUCGUUUUAACCCCUUAGUCCCUGAGUGGGUCGUAAUGCAAUUUAAAGUAGGCCAGUUCUCGCACAUUUCAAUGAGAUUUCUUGCAAGCAAGGAUACCAAAACCUGGAAUUACACUAUAGCCAUCGAAGAUGUGAAUAAAGAAUCCGCUUCAGAGGUGACGAAUACUGUCUUUCCGUUCAUUGCUGGUGCACUGCUCAGCCUUGAAAGAUGCGAAACUCCUCCUGUACGAGUUUGCCGCAAGCCAAAGUCAUAUAAUUUUGAAGCCAAUAAAGUUGCUCUGUUAGAUAGGCACAGGAAUAUUCUUGGCUCGUUUAACUUGCUGAAUAUCCGAGAUUGUCCCUCGGAAGAUCGUGAGAUGAACCUUUUACGAGUCUUCCACUGCAAGUCUGUGUGUAAGACGCUACGGAAAAUUCCAGACGAGCUGAAGUUAGCAGUAGUUGCUAGCAGAUGUUGGUUAAAGAGCGUCAUUCACAGCAUUGAUCAUCAAUUCAAGGCUUUCAUUCUUGCACUAGUUUUCUGCUUUCACACGUGCUAUUCUAGAUCUAGAUCCGAGUUUGAAAUUCCUCCAAAUGAAAUGGGACGCCUUCGCAGGAUCCACCACUUAGCUCAGUGGGAAUGCAUGAUGCACCUAGUGAUUGAUUUUAAUCAAAUCCUCGGCUCUCCUUUUCCCUACACGAGUCUUGGUCAUCUGUUUUCUACGACAGUAUUUCUGAAUUUUUUUACGAGCCAACCCGACUCUCUCGAUUCUAAACUUGACGAAGAAGGUACUAGAGAUAUCUACGAUGCAAUAACGAAAAAACUACUCCCUGACGCACCAGUUGAACCUGUUCGUCAAGCCCAAGUUGUACGUGCUCCCAGACCGCAAGCAAUUGUAACUCAGAAUAGGUUUGCUCAGCUGUCUUAGUUAUUGUGUGUGCAUGCAGUUCAUGCAGUUGUAAUAGUGCGUACAUGUGUGUUUACAAUAGGUAGGUUUCGUUGUAUUUAUUGCAUGGGAUGUUUCAACAAGACGCAAAACUUUCGGCACACUGCAUAUAAUAUAGAUAAAACACCUAUAGAGAAUAAUUUAUAUCGCUGUUCUUUUUCUUGUGAACAAGUUUCAGUUACCCUCCUUUAGUAAAACUUUAUAAUUAUGUUUGUAUUUUGCUGCAUGCAUGCAUGCGUACAUAUAAUUUAUGAUGAUGAUGA